AUGGAAUUCCUAUCCAUGCCUAGCUCCAUAGCAGAUACUUGGUGCAUCAGAAAAGACCUCAGUUUAGUAUCCAAAAAUAGAGCUCAAAUUUUCAGCAGACCGCCAAAAAUUACAACUUCUGAAGAUUACCAGAAACAGUCGCAGAAUAUGGCGAUUGUUAGGCAAGAACUCAAGGCCAGUAACAAGGUCGGAAUCGAUACAUAUCAGAGCCUGACAAUAAUAGAUGCGGUUCAAAGGCUAGGGAUCGAUCAUCAUUUCAAAGAUGAGAUCGAACAAGUUCUGGAGAGGCAGUAUAUGGCGAUUUCUCCUGGUUUUUUCAAAAACAAGGAUCUUUGUUUGGCCUCACUCUGUUUUCGACUGUUGAGGCAACAACACUACCAUGUGCAUGCAGAUGCUUUUGACAAGUUUAUGAACGAGGACAAGAAGCUAGUGAGAAAACUACUAAGAGGAGAAAGCACAGAGGCAUUGACGAGUCUAUAUGAAGCCUCACAGCUGAGGAUAGAAGAUGAAGAUAUACUUGAUGAAGCCGAAUUUUUCAGCUGCCAACUUCUUAACGAAAGAAUCAAGUUUCUGAAUCAUCAUGAAGCAUGGAGUGUCAGGAAUACGAUAGCUCAUCCCCUCCACAGGAGUUUGGCAGGGUUCACAAAGAAUCACUUCAUCAAGGAUAUCAUUUGUGGUCAAGCCGGAUGCGGAAAAGCCUUAGAAGAGCUAGCCUAUCUGGAUCGAGCUUUUAUGCAAGCUAUAUAUACAAGAGAACUAAGUGAAUUCUCAAGGUGGUGGAAUGGUCUAAGAUUGGCAGACGAAUUGAAAUAUGCCAGGAACCAACCAUUAAAGUGGUUUACAUGGUCUAUGGCCAUGCUGACAGAUCCGAGUUUAUCUGAAGAGAGAAUUGAGCUGAGUAAAGCUAUUUCUUUUAUCUAUGUCAUAGAUGACAUUUUUGAUGUUUAUGGAACGAUUGAUGACCUCACUUUGUUCACUGAAGCUGUUAAUAGGUGGGAUAUUGCAGCUAUUGAGCAUCUUCCCGAUUACAUGAAGAAGUGUUUCAGAAUGCUGCAUGAAAUCACAAAUGAAAUCGGGUACAAGGUCUGCAAGAAACAUGGAUUUAACCCCAUAGACUACUUGGCAAAAACGUGGGCGAAAUUAUGCACUGCAUUCUUAGAAGAAGCAAAAUGGUUUGCUUCGGGGCACUUGCCAGAAGCAGAAGAAUACUUGAAGAAUGGGAUAACUAGUUCAGGGGUGCAUGUAGCACUAGUCCACAUGUUCUUUCUCAUAGGAGAUCAUGGUUCAACCAAAGACCUGGCUGAGUCAGUGAAGUUGGACACAUGCUUAAUAUCUUAUAAUGUGGCAGCUAUUCUACGUCUCUGGGAUGAUUUGGGAAGUGCCAAGGAUGAGAAUCAAGAUGGCAAAGACGGAUCGUAUGUAGCUUGCUACAUGAAAGAACAUAAAGAAGCUUCCAUUGAAAAUGCCCGAGAACAAGUCAGUAAAAUGAUAUCAGAGACAUGGAAAUGCCUGAACAAAGAGUGCCUUUCGCCAAAUCAGUAUUCAAAAACGUUUAUAAAAGGGUCUCUGAAUCUUGCAAGGAUGGUACCAUUGAUGUACACUUACGAUGACAGUCAGAGCCUCCCACUCCUUGAAGAGUAUACACGGGAACAAUUGUUCUAGGAAAACAAUAUUAUGGCAAAGCGCCAGAGCAUAGACCAAAAUCCUGUUUAAGCACAAGAAGAAUACAAAUAUUGAAAACAAUAAAAUGUGUGCCCAAAAGGGGAAAAAGGAGCUCAUUGGGUCAGUUUUUCUGCUGACACUAUUCCCUUACUCUAGAGCAAUUAGAAUAAAAUAAUUC